CAGGGUGCCGGGCCCGGGGCGGUCUGCUCGGCUUCUCAGCAGCCGGCCUUCCGCGCCCCCGACAAGCCCCCGACAGGCCCAGUGCCUUCGCAGGUAGACGGGCCCCGGCCGGACGGACGCUGCGCUGGAGCCGUAGGCCGGGCGGAAGGGUCAGCGAGCCUGGGCCGGUGGGCACCACACCUGCGCGGGCGGAGGCCGGCGGGAAGGUGCGCACGCGCGCUGCCUGCGGGAGGGCGGUGGCUCCGGGGACGCUGAGCAGCGAAACCCGCGGGCUGGGCGCGCUGGGUGGCGGUGGCGUAAUCUCGCAGCCUCUCAGCGUCUCCUUCCCUCCGCCUCAGUUUGGGGCGGGUCAGGAGAAUGGCUUCGGACAUAGAGUCGUCGCUCGAGGCGAGCUUCUCAUCCAGCGGUGCAGUGUCAGGGGGCUCAGGGUUUCUGCCACCGGCUCGCUCCCGCAUCUUCAAGAUAAUCGUGAUUGGCGACUCCAACGUGGGCAAGACGUGCCUGACCUACCGCUUCUGCGCCGGCCGCUUCCCCGACCGCACCGAGGCUACGAUCGGGGUGGAUUUCCGAGAACGAGCGGUGGAGAUUGAUGGGGAGCGUAUCAAGAUCCAGUUAUGGGACACGGCGGGGCAAGAACGAUUCAGAAAAAGCAUGGUCCAGCACUACUACAGAAAUGUGCAUGCUGUCGUCUUCGUGUAUGAUAUGACCAACAUGGCGAGUUUUCAUAGCCUGCCGUCUUGGAUAGAAGAAUGCAAACAGCAUUUGCUAGCCACCGACAUACCACGGAUUCUUGUUGGAAAUAAAUGUGACUUGAGAAGUGCCAUUCAGGUACCCACAGACUUGGCACAAAAAUUUGCUGACACACACAGUAUGCCUUUGUUUGAAACCUCUGCUAAAAACCCCAAUGAUAAUGACCAUGUGGAAGCUAUAUUUAUGACCUUGGCUCAUAAGCUUAAGAGCCACAAACCCUUAAUGCUUAGUCAACCCCCUGAUAAUGGAAUUACCCUGAAGCCUGAACCAAAGCCUACAAUGACAUGCUGGUGCUAAAUCACAGUCUUUAUUACAGUAUCUAAUAUUGACUAAAGAAAUACUUCCGAAGUAUGACAGUGAUAAGUCAUAGAAUUUAAUCUCAGAUACAAUGGAUCAUCCUGACACGUUACUGUUUAUCAUUGUCAUGCUUAUUUUUGUAUUUUGUGUCUACUUAAUCAAGUUUGUCACUGUGACACCGCAAGGAAUAAGUUGUUCAGGUGAGGUUGAAAUGAAGCAAUAUUAGGAUGAAUCAGAACAUCUUUGCGUUGAGAGCUUAAGGAGGAGGCUUCAUUUGAGAGCAUAAUGGGAUUUUAAGAGUCAGUGAUUGUUUAAUCCUGUGUUCCUGAAAUUGAAAAAAUAUGUUAAGGGUUUAGGACACUUACUGGUAUGUCCUUUGAAUAGGAAGUAUUCUCAAUAGGAUAAAACUGGUAUUUGCCUCUCCAUAGAGUUCUUUCUUUGUAUUGUUAGUAUAUUAACUGCAUUAUUACUGGUACAUUUUAAGAGCCAAGACUGCAGAUCUGGUGGAAGAAGACCUAGAAUGUUUUCUGGUUCUCAGCCUAGAAAGAAUGACUUUCCCAACAGUUCUAGAUGUUUGAUCUUUGUAAUCAGUGUCAAUCAGGUCUAUAAAAAUAUUAUCAUCAUUUUUAAAAAGUAAUUCUAUAAAAUAUGCAGAAGUAAAUCAGAUUUUAAUGCAAAUGAAAUGAUGUCAUAAGGUGCUUUAUACUUUACUUUGAUAUAUUUAAAUAGUAAAAAACUAACUGAAAGAUUUGAGAAAGUUAUAGUUGAGGGGAAAUAAGUAAACACGGCUCCUGGCUGCCACAAGACACCUUCCAAUCCCUGGCUUUUAGUCAUUUCAAGCUGUGUAUCUGACAUAGGAUCUCAUGCUCCCCCCAUCCCCAGUCAACUUAAUGCCUAAACACAUUCAUCUUCUCUUCCAUUUGGAUUGUAACUCUGAGGGCAUACCUAUAAUUGCUGUUGAGUCUACAUUUAUUUCUGUAAUAGAAUUGUGUCAUAGUAUACUGCUGUUUAAAUCUUUAGAUUUUAUGGUCACAACAAACUAC